UUUGUUCUUCCGUGUUAAAUAUUAAAUUAUUGGAAUAUUAUAAAAAGUCUCACAAAGAAAAAACAGCGUAGGAAUUCUUUGAAAAUGACAAUGGGUGGAGAUACACCAACGUCUUCACUGAUUUUUCCAGUAUUGCUGAGGCCAAUAUUCGCCAAGUUGGAACGCCGAGAUGUGGGCGCAGCACAGUCGCUGCGUUCAGCCAUAAUGAAAUGUGAACAAAAUAAUCCAGGUUUGUGUUAUGACCUCGUGGCGGCCAUUAUACGUCGCGCAGAACUGAAUGUUAAUCUCAAUGAGGCAGUGCUGCGUUUACAAGGCAACAUAGCGGAUGCGGAUCUAAAUGAAUAUCGUCUUACAAGAACUGAAGAACCAUUCCAAGAAUUGAAUCGCAAAUCGGUUGCGCUCAAAGUUAUACUCAGUCGAAUUCCAGAUGAGAUUACCGAUCGCAAAGCCUUUUUGGAGACCAUUAAAGAAAUCGCCAGCGCAAUAAAAAAGCUACUAGAUGUCGUUAAUGAAAUUGGCUCGUUUAUACCCGGUGUCACAGGCAAACAAGCUGUCGAGCAGCGCAAAAAGGAAUUUGUAAAAUACUCCAAAAAGUUCAGCACAACGUUAAAAGAGUAUUUUAAAGAAGGACAGUAAGUAUUAUUGUACAAGUUGAUUGACGGUAAAAUAGAAACACAUCAGGAAUGUUUAUUGUAUAAAACGUUAUUAGCUAUUAUUAUUUAAAUACUUAAUUCUUAUCAAAUUUUAUGAGUGCAUGUAGGAGCGCUUAUCGAGCAAAUUAUGAUGUCAUCACAAGGCACAUUGACUGCCCUUAUUAGAUAUGUACAUACACUGGCGACCAAAACCGAGUGCAUGCAAGUAAUAAAAUUUUGUUGUUGUUGUAGUAGCUGCUACAACAACAAAACCAAAAACAACAUUUUAUUAUAGUAUCAUUUUUUUAAUAAUAAGCGGAUUGCUUUGCAAUUUUCAGAAAUUGGUCUUCACUAUCCAAUAAAUAAAACCUAGUAUACAGAAAAGCUAUUCUUUAACAAGAAACAAGCGAUUUACAGCAAAAACGUGAGGCAACUGUAUUCACUAAGUUUUGAAAUUUCCUGUUUUGAGAUUUUUGAAGGUUGAUACCAACAGGAUUGUGGAGACUUCAUUGCUUUUAAUUGCGAUACGUCCGAGGAUGCUCUCUACUGAGUUUUCUAUAAUUUCGCUUGGAAUAUUAACCCAUUCUAAUUUUACUCGCAUCCAAAGCUCUUCCGAUUUACCCGGAGCUUACCCGUGCUAUGACAAUCCCCUCUUGACCACAGUGCAAAAUUUUUCGAUGGCGUUGGCCACGGCAUUACGUGAAAAUUUUACUGAAACAGCCAGUGGUGUCGAAUGUUUUCUAAAUUCUUUGGAUCUCGGUCCUAUUGGCAAACAACUUCUUCCUCAGGGUAUGCGCUUUUGUCUCCAAAGUUCAGAAAAUUUGUUUGGAGAAUAUUGAGAUAGACUUGCUCCUUCAUUGUUCCUUUAAUUUUAACUAACGGCACCAAGUAAAACACCCCCCCAAAAGAUUCGACACCACUAGCUGCUUGAGC